UUAGCAUGUUUAGUACGAGUUCUGCUCACGUCCGAGUUUGGUUUGUUUGACUGUUUUGAUAAAAUAAGUUUUGAUUUAUUUCGAUGAUAUAUAUCUUUUUAUUUAGCCGGUUUUUCAUAUACCAUCAGUGAUAAAUCAUUGAAAAAUUUUACAUGAUAAAUUUUCAAACAACAGUGUGCAUAAAAGUGCGUGUAAAGGAAAAACAAUUUAAUUCCUAAGGGAAUUAAAAGCUUUAUAUUCUGCGGUAUAUUAACUAAAAGUGCAUGUGUUGUGUUCCCUUCUGUAACGGAAAAAGCGGAGUGUAUAUUUAUUAACUUUACAUUGUAGAGUCAAUAUCACGUGGACGAUUUGUUUUAAUUGGAAUUUUAAAGGAAAAAAGUCGAGAAAUCACAAAAAAGGAAAAAUUGAUCUCUCUCCGUCGGUGAUGCGAAAUGAUUGCCGCAUAUAAUAAAAGGAAAUCGGAUAUUAUUAUUUUAGAGCGAAUAUAUACGAUAAGCCCGAAGCAGAUCCUGCGAGAGUAACGGAAGGACAUAAACGUCAAAAGAAUUAUUAUUUUUCAGCCGCAAUUUUAGGAUCCAGUGCUUCUUUUAUGCGAGGAAACUAGAGACAAUGAGUAUUUUCAAAGCCAGGAGAAUUUGAGUUGGAAAAGUUUCGAGUAUUUAUACACAGAGCAUUACAAAAAAGAUUCAAGACGAAGGAGUUAAGGGAAAAUAAAAUGGCAGGAACUGGCGAUGUUUGGGUGCAAUGGUUCACGUGUUGUUUAACUCAGCAAGGACCCGCGGCUAGAAAUAAAAGACAAAGGCCACCGCAAAGAUUGAGGAUAGACCGAAGUAUGAUAGGAGCACCGACGAAUUUCCAACACACUGGACAUAUUGGCAGCGGUGAUCUUGACAUGGCAAGUGCCCACCUAAAUGCCAUUCAGACGCAGAUGCAGGGGAAGGGUGGUUACGAAGCAGCCUUCGGUGUUAAGGCUUGCUGAGAUCCAGAUGUACCGAGGAUGCUGGAGACUGAUCUAUGACAAAAUUCGCUGAACUUUAUUACAAGUAUCGGAGAAUUUUUCUAUUUUAUCAAGACUUCAAACAAUUGGGCAGCUCUUCAGAGGGACCUACGCAUCCUCGUUGUAAAUAAUGACUAAACAAGAAAAGACUCGCAACAAUUUGCACGCUUUAUUAAAAGCAACAAACACUGGCAAAUAGUUGCAAAAAGAAAGAAAAAAAGAAACAAGACAGAAGAAAAAGCGGACGCAGAAUUAUUUAAUGAAAAAGACCAGAUAAUUAAUUAUACGCACAAAUAUUUGAUUCUUUUCUCUUUCAAUUUAUUUCUUUUUCAUCGAGAGACACUUUUCACAUCUGAUUCAAUCUUUCCAAAUUUUUACACAGAAAUUACUCAUCAAUCGAGAUUUUAUAUAAUUUCUGAUGGAAGAAAUUAAUUAAAAAUUACAAGCGAAUUUUUUCUCUCCUUUGAAAAUGUCUCUCGAUUUACAAAAAAAAAAAUGUGUUCGUCGUUGUAAUCAACUAGAAUUCAGUAUAUUCGGUAAUGAUGAUAAUAAUAUAAGUGCGAGACUGUAUUUUCGAUCUCAAACCUCGAUCCGUUUUUGUUUUUACCUUGGGACCACUAAUUUGAGAGUCAUUUUUUUUUAAAGAAGCAUUCAAAUGAAAAUAUUGAAGGAAAGAAGAAGAGAAAAAAAAACAUUUUUUUGAGUACUCUAGUUUCUUUGAAUGUUGAUUUCUUUAAUAGUGUGACUCUUGCAUUUAAUGUGCCUGCCAAACGUCCAAAGGAAUCCUGCCUUGAAAUGAACGGAUCUGGUUAAUUAAAAUCUCGUCGCUUGCUAUCCACUACAUAAUAUUGUGAUAAGCUGCGUUUCUCGCUUUCGCGGUGGUAGUUUCUUAUAUAAAUUUAUAUACAUAUUCUAAUCUUCAAUGAUAUAGAAAAAAGCGCUAUACACGCUCGUGAUAAUUAUAUUUUAUACUACGAGGACUGGAUUUUUAGUGGAAUAUUUAGAGCAUGCAUUUUUAGAAUAUUUAGAGAACAGAAAUCCAUUCAUUUUUUGACAUGCUUUAGAUUUUAAGAAGGCAGUAAUUCAAAAAACAUUGUACGGUCAAUUCUUUUUUUUACAAGUGAACCUUUUUUUAAAGAAACUAAUUUAUCUUCUUCCUAAAGUCUUGAACGUUCAAAUAAAGGAAAAUUUUUAAUCAAUUUAAGGGUGAUUCUCUGAAAAAGGUUCAAAUCACGUUCACAUUGUUUUUGUUAAAAAAAUAAUAAAAUUAAUUUAAA